UGCGGGUAUGCUAUCAUAGAUUACGUAACCCGAUCAGCAGCUGCUUGCUUUUCACUUCAUUUCCCACCCAUCUCACAGCACUACCUUUUUAAUCGUCUGAACACUUUUUAUAUGAGCGUGCUUUGCAUAAACCACUAAUAUCUUGUGAUGAAGCCCGAGCCAACACGCUGCCACAGUAAAAUUCAAUAUAAUACCAAGAUUUUUAAUGCUGAUAACACUUUUGUGAAUUAAUUACAUGGCAGGUCACGUCAUCUUCUAUCAACACUGCGAGCAGAGGGGCCACAUAAAUCAUCUCAGGACAGAUAUGAUCGUUGCUGGUCACUUAAAUCCGGCUUAGAGCCAUGAAUAACAUCCAUUCCCAUCCAGACCAUCUGCAGCAGAGACCGGAAGCACAGUAGAGCUGGAAAUAUUGUCUGAGGAAUGUUACUUUUUAAUGGAAAUACUGCAGUGACAAGCACCUUUCACCGAGUCGUGCAAGACCCUCUCAUAUAACAUUUCUGAUAUUUUAUUGUCCAAUAUUCUCCAAUAUGUUUAAUGUUGGAUAAUGAUGUAGUUCGGAUCUUUUGACAUGAAGGUGUAUGACACCCCCAUAAGCAGUGAAGUCCGUCAACAGUUCUGGUCAGAUUUUGGUGCUAAGAUUAAGAUUAAGAUAGAUUAAGAUAUGCCUUUAUUCGUCCCUCAGUGGGGAAAGUUGUAUUGCACAGCAGCAAGAGUACAAAGUCAGUUAAGCAGUACAAAAUACACAAUAUAGAAAAAUAAACAAUAUAAACGACCCAAGUAUUAACAAAAAUCAACAGUUUUUCCCAGAGUUAUAUACAAUACAGUAUGUGGAUAAUAUGAGACGAGAUGAGAUAUAUGACCAGUCUAUACACUGAGAUCUUGUUAGAGAGUUAAUAUGAGGCAUUAUGGAAAUACUUCACAUAGAACUUAGUAUAUUGCAUUUAGAGCCCUUAAUAUUGCACAUGGAUUGCUAAGAAAGUAGUUCCAGCUAGUUGCUGAGGACAGUUAAAUCAAGAGUUUGCCUUCUAAAAAAAACAAUGUGCGUUCAAAAUCAUAAUACAUUUGCAUCACAAACAAAAACAAAAAAAUCUGACCCUGGCAAACAGUACAGGGUGUACCACGCCUCUCACCCGAAGAAAGCUGGCAUAGGAUCCAGCAUACCCGCUACCCUAGUGAGGAUACGUGGCACAGAAAAUGGAUGUCGGAAUCAAACAUUACUUUGUUUCCGACAUCCAAAGUUAACUCAAUCAUCUUUUAUUAAUUCAUCCCUUUUUAUCAUACUGUGAUUGUUCAAAUUGAAAUGUGAUUGUUUUUCCACAAACGACACCAUGUAAUGUGAUGAGAAUACAAAUUGUAGGACUGACCCACAUACAGUGUACAUCAGUAGCCAGGGUUUCAAUCAGUGCUUGUCAGUACGACACACUGAUGCCAUUUCUGAUUUUUUUAGGAUUUAUUGUGCAGUCUGUUUUUGGAUAUCUGACAUAAGAUACCAAAAGAAGCUGAGGUCAAAAUGUUGGAUAUUUGAUUUAUUGAGGCACUGUGCUUCUUGUUCAUUAGACUUAUACUAUAUUCGGAAAGCAUGAAGUGAACAAAUGUAACAGUUACUGAUUGUAAAAGUACCAGAUGGAGGGGUAGGAUUUAAUAAGCUUUGCUUCUUCCUACUCCUUUUGGACAUGUGGAACUGUGAACUGAUUAUGUGAUGCAUUCAAUUGUAAUCUGAUGCAUGUUCAAAUGAAGUAAAACUAUUACCAUAUUGACAGUUACUAUGGUACCCAUUAUGUCAUGGUAUGGUCAUAUCACCUCGUACUUCGGUACGUGACAAAAAAUGAGAAAAUUUAAAAAUAUAUUAAAAAAAAUAAAUAAAUAAAAAUCAAUUUAAAAAACUUAAAUUAUAUUAGAAAGGCAGGAAGUGAACAAAUGUGACAGUUACUGAUUGUAUCAUAUCACCUCGUACUUCGGUACGUGACAAAAAAGAAGGAAAAUGAAAAAUAUAUUAAAAAAUUAAAAAAAUUAAUAAAAUAAAUACAAAAUAAAUAAAAAUAAGUAAAAAAAAAACUUAAAUUGUAUUAGAAAGGCAGGAAGUGAACAAAUGUAACAGUUACUGAUUGCAAAAAUACCAAAUGGAAGGAUAAGACUUAAUAAGCUUUGCUUCUUCCUACUCCUUUUGGACAUGUGGAACUGUGAACUGAUUAUGUGAUGCAUUCAAUUGUAAUCUGAUGCAUGUUCAAAUGAAAUAAAACCAUUACCCUUACCAUUACCAUAGACUAACAAGAUAUGGGCACCAUAUCCUAGAUAGGAUAUAAGGUUGUGGUUGUGGUUGGAGGUUACAAUAUGAGGUUUGUAUUCUAUACACAUUCAUGGGGUUAUCGUGUACUUUAUUAUUUUUGCUAUGUCAUAUUCUUUCAUUCCCUUUUUGGCCUCAACAAUUUUUGGCACAUCUUCUGCCUGAUGGCACCCUGUCUGAACCCAAAAUGUUGGCCCAAGCGUUCCAUCUUGUGGGAUACACUCUACAGACUGGACUGAAGUGAAGUGAUUCACAGGGAUUAGGGAUUAAGAUUUCCCCUCUGACCGCUUUGGUGGAGUAAAUCUGGGGAUUAUGAUGUCAACAGACUGGAGCCACAGAAGAGGAAAUUGAAUUGUGAUGGGAAGAGCGGUGCCGGUCCUCAGAUUACAGCACGGUUCUAGAGAAAUCAGACAUGAGAGAGCAUGUUUGUGCCUUUUGUCUUGCUGAACAAGACCGACAUGGGACACUGAUAUUGCCUUUGGGUAUAGCGUUUUCCUUUGUGGUGGACUAAGAGCGGAAUCAUGUUUAGGAGGCUGAUUGAGUGGUAAGGAGAUUUCUGUGUCAGUGGUAAAUCUCGUCCAUACCGCUCUCAUCUCUUGAGAAUCAGGUGACAACUCCUCCCGUCGCUCCCCCUGCUCCCGUCGCUCCUGCUGCUCCCGCUGCCCCUGCUCCAAGUGUCCAAUUCCAAGAUAGCACAAAAACCAAGAAGAUGAAGGUGAAAUGGACCCAAGUGGGUUUGGUGUUCUUCCUGGUGCUGUCGGUGGUCAUGACCGGAUGCUUCUUUUGGCAAUAUCAGCUUCCAAAGGUUCAGCCCGAUGAGGUUCUGGCCCGCAACUCUAAAUCAGAGAUGAGGUGUCCUCGCUUCCCUGAGCCUCUACCGCUGCAACAUCCCAUUCCCAGUUUGAAAGACGCUCUUGAAAAGGUGGACGUUUUGCUUCGCCAAAGCAUCAAUCCCAUCAGCCUUCCUGCUCUUUCGUCUAUUGUUAUCCUCAAUGACACAGUUUUGUGGACCGGCAAUUUUGGCAAAAGAAACAGCUCAGAUGCAUUUUCAGGACCCCCCAAUGAAUACACCAUCUACAGAAUCGCUAGCCUAUCCAAAAUCUUCCCCACUUUGAUGUUGUACCGGCUGUGGGAGGACGGGAAAAUCAGCUCCUUGGAUGAUCCUUUGGAAAAAUAUGUGGAGAACUUCACAAUCAAGAACCCCAUGGGGAAGACACGGGACUCUGAGCUGAAAUACGUAACCGACGGUCUGAUCUUUCUGGACAGCGGCGAGGUUCCCAUCCGCUCCUCCUCAGUGACGCUUCGCAGGAUGGCCAGCCAGCUCUCUGGCUUACCCAGGAGACUCAGAGCUACAAACCUCCUUUGGAAAGGAAAAACUCAAUCUGCGAUAAAUCUCCUGCAAGACGACGUGCUUGUGGCCGACCCCGGAACCAAAUGUCACUACAGCAACCUGGCCUUCUCGCUGUUGGCUCACGUGAUGGCCGAGCGUGUGGUCAGUGUGGACUACCAGCGCUGGAUCACAGACAACAUUCUGGACCGUCUGGGUAUGGAGGACACCGGCUUCGACAUCACACCGGGGCUCCAGGGUCAAGUGGCAGUGGGCGUCUACUCCAAUGGAAAGCCCGCUCCACUCUAUGACCUGGGCUGGUACCGGCCUUCAGGCCAGAUGUUCUCCACCGCAGCGGAUUUGGCCAAGCUCGCUAUGAUGCUGCUGGGAGCCUAUCAUCGCAAGCUUCUGGAGCCAGACUCCUUGAAGAUCAUGUUGACGCCACUCUUCAGGUGCGAUAAAGACUACUUCGCCAACCGAACAGGGACGCCGUGGGAGGUGAAUGAGCUGUUGGGUUACGAGGUGGUCCGUAAAGAUGGCGAUCUGGACGGCUAUUCAGCAACGUUCUCACUAGUGCCCCGAUUAAAGCUGGGUCUAGUGGUGCUCAUGGCUGGGAGCAGGUCCCAGCAGCAGGACGUUGUGGCCAAAGUUUAUCAACAAAUCAUCCCUGCUGUAGAAAAUGCCUUCAGGGAGGCCAAGAGGGCGCUUGUCGCACCCCCAAAUCCAGAAGCAUACGUGGGCUUCUUCACCUACAGCAACAUCACCUUCUACGAGAUCAAAGCCGGGUCGGAUGGCGUUCUGAUCAUGCAGCAGUUUGGCCCUCAAAUUGAAGAACUGAUCCCAGAAAAGUACCGGACGAUAAAACUCAACUACCUGGUGGAACGCAUCUUCAGGGUGGUUUUCGAAAGGGAGUACCCUUGCGUUCUCAGAGUCGGUUCGGCGUCUGUGUCCUUGGAGGCCCAGGAUGGACAAUUGUUUAAUUUCUACACGUACGACAAGCGAGGCUUGUCGCCCGGGUUUGAUGCGCCGGGAUUGAACACGUACAAUGUGGUGCGGAUAGCCCGCAAGCCGUCCUUCUCCAGCUGAGUUUUGGAAAUGUGGUGAGGAGACGCUGUUAGCAGGCGUUGGAGCAGAUGGAAAUAUUUAUUUGGAUGCUGUUAUUUGAAGAAAGUGUGUCAUUUUCUUUGCUCGGCACUGUCAAUCAUUUUAUCGUUUCUUUUCAUUUCCUUCCUGCUGUCAUCACUUUGACCUUUUGAGUCUUCACAAGAAAACAAAAGUCUUUUUUUACCUCUGCUGAUUACACGUUGACUUUCUUUUCUUACUUGGAUAAUUGUUGUCAAGUACAAUUCCGUCUUAUUCUUUCCGUUUGUGUCGGUGACAAAGGUUUUCCGAAGGUAAAUUCAAACAAGAAGGUGUUCCUUUACAAAAUAAUAAUGCUUAUUUUUAAGUGGGAAUGCCAGAGAGGUUUUUAUUCCAGUUACACUGUCUAUUAUGGUGAUCUCCAUAAAAUAAUGUAAAGUGAUAUAAUCUGUUCCAGGGUCAAACUGUGACCAUUAAAUGUAUUUUUUUAUGUUUGGCAUCA